CGAUUAAUAUUAUGCAGCAGAACAAGCGAGUGAGGACAAAGAUGGGCUUUCAGACUAAGAAAUCGAAUAUAUGUCUUCUUGGAAUUCAGAUCAUCUUCGUCCUCCAACCCCAAAACUCCCAACAGACCCAAACUUUUGUUAACCUUGGAAAGUACAAAUUAUCCGUAUGUCUGGGCGGCCAUUCCUGCGAGUGUUCCAAACAUCGGGGUAUCCAGGUAUCGAGAGAAAAAAGAACCCGGCCAUAACUCCUGAUAAGACAAGUCUUCUUCCCAAAGCCGAGGUGAAGCCCAAUUGGUACCGAGAAGGAAAUAGACAUUAUCGUGUAUACACGCAUAGACGGAGAAACAUAAGAAGAAAGAGAGAGAGACAGAGAGAGAGAGAGACAGAGAGAGAGAGAGAGAGAGAGAGAAGAGAGAGAGAGAGAGAAGAGAAAAUAAAGAAAAGAAAAGAAACAACCCCAGGGACAAUAUGGAAAUAUAUCAGGAGUGGCAUCGUCUGUAUAUGUGUUUGUGUUCGUGACCAGUCUUAGUCCGUGUCAGUAGUAUGCUUCCGGCGGUCUCGUUUCCCAUCUAUAAACAACAACCACUACUUCUCCGUAGUUCAGGUUGCCGUCAUGGCAG